AUGACCCAAGAGGAUCGACAGCGAGCACGUGAAAAAUUCUUAGUUGCUGCACAGCCAUUUGAAGGUGCCAUAGGUGCUAUAGAUUGCACUUUUGUUCAUAUUAUAGCUCCUCAUGAACAUGAGGAAGCGUUCAUUAACCAUCAUGGUAACCAUUCCCUGAACGUGCAAGCUAUUGUUGAUCCAGAUAUGAAGUUACUUAACAUCAAUCCAAGAUAUCCAGGUGCACGAAACGACUCUUACAUCUGGAGCACAUCACCUAUUCGUCGUGCCAUGGAAUUUCAUUUCAACAGAGGGGAACGGAGAACUUGGCUAAUCGGUGAUGCCGGAUAUCCAUUGGAACCAUGGCUCAUGACACCCUUAAAUGAUUUUCCCGAAGGUACCCAACAGUUCCAAUACACACAACAGCUUUGUAAGGCGAGAAACGUUGUUGAACGUUUCUUUGGUGUCUUCAAAGCCGUAUGGAGAUGCCUUUCCUAUCAGCGUGUGUUAAUGUAUGAACCAGCAUUUGCUGCCAGGAUAGUAAAUGCAUGUGCAGUACUUCACAACAUGAGAAUUCAACAUCGUUUACGUUUUGAGGAUGUCCAAGAACCGAUAGCUGAAGAUCGUCAUCAUAAUGAAAAUGCUGAUCUCAUGAAUGUCCGUGAAGAGGUAGUUCACAGAGGACCACGCGCUUUGGCGCAGAGAAUUCAACGACAAAUGAUGCGAGAGAGAUUUCCUAAUUACCGUGAUGCAGAAGGUGAAGAACGUGCUCCAGAUGAAUGA